UCGGCGCUCAGUGUAUGAAGUGGAUGGAGUAUGAAUCGGAUCGCUGAUGAAUGCUAAACUUUGCCGUUUGCUGUAUAAUUAUACUUCUGUUACGGGUGUUGUGCGUCUUUUCAAAACCUGAGAUUGUGUGAACGCAUUGUGCCAAGCGAAGAUGGUGUAAAAGCUGGAAAACACCUCAUUUACUGACUGGAGGAUUUUAUUUUUAAGGAAAGGAAGAGUCUAUUUUUCACCUUCACUGUUGAAAAAGAUUAGUUGGGAUGGAAAACAGUUGCAAGAUUAACAUGAUGAGCCACACUGGAGAGAAACGAUUGACAUGCACCCAGUGUGGGAAGAGUUUCACACGAUCAUCAUCCCUUAAUAAACACAAGAGGAUCCACACUGGAGAGAAACCGUUCACAUGCAACCAGUGUGGGAAGAGUUUCACACGAUCAUCAAUCCUUAAUGAACACAUGUUGAUCCACACUGGAGAGAAACCAUACACAUGUACCCAGUGUGGACAGAGUUUCAGACAGUCAUCAACACUGAAUAAACACAUGAUGAUCCACACUGGAGAGAAGCCACACAAGUGUGAUCAAUGCAGUAAGACAUUUUUAAGGAUAUCACAUCUGAAGAUCCAUCUAAGAGUUCAUACAAAGGAGAAACCGUAUUCAUGUUCUGUGUGUGGAAAGAGUUUUACACAGGUGUCAAGUUUUAAAAACCAUGAGAAGAUCCACACUGGUGUAAGAGAGUAUUUCUGCUUUCAGUGUAAGAAGACUUUUAAGACAACUGAAGAUUUGAAACGGCACGAAAGGAUUCACACUGGAGAGAAACCGUACAAGUGUUCACACUGCGACAAGAGAUUCAAUGAGUUGGGAGAUCUGAAAAAACAUGAGAGGAUUCACACUGGAGAGAAACCGUACACGUGUUCACACUGCAACAAGACAUUCAGAGAACUAGGACAUCUGAAGAAACACAAGAGGAUUCACACUGGAGAGAAACCGUAUACAUGUUCACACUGCGACAAGAGAUUCAGUCAUUUAGGUAACAUGAAAGCACAUGAGAGGAUUCACACUGCAGUUUGCUAGCCUGUGUUCGCCACCAGGAAAUUGGGCCACAAAUGGGUCUUCCAAACAAACCAUGACCCUAAGCAUACCGCCAAAUUAGUUCAAAUGUGCUUUAAGGACAUUAGAGUGAAUGUUUUGGAGUGGCCAUCACAAAGCCCUGAUCUCAAUCCUAUAGAAAAUUUGUGGGCAGAGUUGAAAAAGCUUGUGCGAGCAAUUCAGCCAAGAAAUCUGACUUAGGCUACGUUCACACUGCAGGCAAAUGUGGCCCGAAUCUGAUUUUCCCCCCCUCAUGUGACUCGAGUGAUGACAGUGUGAACACCCCAAACUACAUGUAAUCUGAUCUUUUCAGUUCAGAUCUGUGCCACUUUCAUAUGUAGUCUUAAAUCAGACUCAGAUCUGAUGUGUUGCAAUGCGACCACAGUGUGAACGGUUAUGUCGGAUUUCAUGUGACUUACAUAAUCUUUGAGCGACAUGCGUCAUUAUUCUGUGCUGCAAACAUCAAUAAUCUACUCCUCAGUAGCAUAGUAGAAUAGCUCACAGGACGAUUACUUUACCACAGAAAGUUGGUUGUUCAUGUUGAAAAAGAUUUGGAAGGAAAAAUAACUGGUGCUCGUUAACUAAUCUGGUUAAUGAUUGGGGCACGGGUUGUUCGUGAAGCCGAAGAGCAUCGUGGAUGUUGCGGAUAGGGGAUGCGUGCAGUGUUGCCAGAUGUAGCUGACUAAUUCCAGCCCAAAAAACUAGU